AUGCCAGCACUGGACGAACUCAAUACAACUUAUCUGAAAAUAGGAACUAAGACAACGAAACCUCGACUUAAAAGAAGCAAAGGCAGUUUUGAUGAACCGCCUAAGAGACGCUUUAAUAAACAAAGGGUAAGCUCUCAGACUCAGUUUGAAGCAAUAGCACUCAGCUACAUGUGGAGCGCGAGAGAACGAGCGACAGCAUUGGUGAUAGCACUAAGAGGCUCCGCUUUGGUGGUGUUACAAUUCAUUCCUGCCAAGGACCGUGACAAUUUUGAGUUUCUAACCGACGCACAAGAUCGACGCUAUGGAAACUAG